GACUCGGCACUUUCUGCGAGGUACGUCCUGUAUCGCGUGAAACACGUGCGUACGUUCGUGCCUCUUUCUAUCGUCUCUUCUUUCCCUGUGGCACCUCUUCAGUCAGCAGAUACUUAUGCGGUCUCCUGCAUAGGUCGAUUAGCGACAGGGAGUCGUGCUGGUCGUCGGUCGUUGCCUCGAAGCCGGGCUUGGAUGUUACAACUCCGUCGGCGUUACGCGGAGUAAGAGGCUGUGGAAUCGAUCGACCGGAUUACAGAGAAGCCGCGCAGGGAGCUCGACGACGACAAGCGAAAGCUAUCGCUGGGAAUCGGAUUUGCGCGACGACGACGAGACCACGCUCCCACGACACGUACGUCUCAGCCAGCAACAUGACGUACCUGCGCUCGAUCGCGGAUAUAAUCGGCUUCGUGAUGCUGUCGAUCAUCGCUUUGGUGAGGGGCAUCAUCUGGGCGUUGAUCCCGAAGAAGUACAGGAUGAAGAGCAUAAAUGGCGAGAUCGCCCUCGUCACAGGGGGUGGCGGUGGUCUAGGCAGGCUUCUCUCCCUCAGACUGUCCAAACUGGGCGCGAUUGUCGUCGUGUGGGACAUCAACGAAGCCGGCAUCGAGGAAACUGUUAAGCUGGUACGAGCCGCCGGUGGUACUUGUUACGGUUACGUCUGCGACUUGUGCGAUCGGGAGGACAUAUACAACAAAGCCAAAAUCAUCAAAGAGGAGAUCGGCAAGGUGUCAAUUCUGAUUAACAACGCGGGCGUUGUUAUGGCAACGAAACUUCUCGACACUCCGGACAAGAUGAUCAUCCGGACGAUGGACGUUAAUAUCAUGAGCCACUUUUGGACCGCGAAGGCGUUCCUUCCGGCGAUGAUGCAGGCCAAUAAAGGGCACAUUGUAAGCGUGGCGAGUCUGGCUGGUCUAUGCGGAGUAGCGAACUUGGUAGAUUAUUGCACAUCCAAAUAUGCGGCGGUGGGAUUCGAUGAAUCUCUUCGGGUAGAGCUCGAGAGCGAAGGAUAUAACAUCAAUACGACGGUCAUAUGUCCUUACUUCAUCCGCAGUACGGGCAUGUUCGAGGACGUUCAGUCGAGGUAUCUCUCGACCCUGAGCCCGAACGACGUGGCCGAUAGAAUCAUAACGGCGCUCAGAUGCAACGAAAAAUACGCCAUCAUCCCUGGCUACUUGCAAAUUUUGCUAGUGCUGAAAUGGAUGUUCCCACCUGAAUGCACCGCAAUGUUCCUUCGCGGAGUGGUCAAGCAGGUUUCAUUAAAUAGUCCACCGAGUGCAUCGACAACCACCGAAAAGGAAGAGAUGCGCAGCGUGCCGACGAAGGAUCAAAACGGCGCCGCCAUCCAUCAGCAAUUAAGCAGACGCGUCUCCAGUUCCGAGAGGAAGCCUUGAGUCUCCUUGUCUUUUGUCUUGGUCCUGGCAUGUGAUAGUGCAUAUGUUUCUUGCGUGAACAGAAGCAGCCGAUGAGAGAAACGUCCGAUCCUAGUAAAUUCUGCAGACUGGGCGAAAAAUCUUAGUCUAAAUCUAGAUGGGGAUUUUUAUUUAGAAGGAGCGAAGAAUAUUCGAAAUCGAUUUGUAUCAAACAAAUCAAAUGUAGAGAAAUACUCUCGUGAUAAUCAUCUCGUUAAAUCUUUUACUAACAAGAUCGUCGAUCGAAAGGUGUGAUCCUUGUCUCUCGCGUGACACGUUACUUCUCCACGCUAUAUAAAAUUGCAGAGGCAUUCUUUUAUCGUAAUGUUAACUACAAUUGUUUGACGGAGUUUUCAAAUUCUGCAGAGUUUCUUCCAGAAAUCAUCGUCUUAGUUAACUGCGCGUUGUACGCGCGUGAGAAAUAUUUGCAUUAUAAACGCGUACAAUAUGGGUAUUAUUGUAUGUUUAGAUACAAAUGCCAAAUUUUUGUCUACAAUUACCUACGAGUUUAAGUUUUCCAAAGCGUAGCUUUAAGUGGUACACCGCGUGUGUCGCAUGUGACGCAAUGUGACAUCACGUCAAAUACAUAGGUGAAAUGUAUUAUAUAAUCUAAAUUUUCCAGCAGUUACUUGGAAAUUUAACGGGGAAAAGUUUCGAUUAAUUAUUUAUCUUAACUGUAACACGAAACGCAGAAUGUUAAAGCCAUCAAAAUCUUACAUCUUCGAUAUUAAUUAUACUGUAUAUUUAAAGAUUUGUACAAAGAAAUUAUUUUUUAUAACGAUUUUAUCAGCAUGGAAAAUGACGGUAAGAAUAUCAAACUGUAUAUCGUUUUUAUAAAUAAUUCUCUAGUAAUAGCUGUCAUAGUUCUAAGCGUACAAUAGCAAAUGAACUUUCUACACAUAUAAUUCCUAUUUUCUUAGCAAGUUAGUGAUAGAUUUUAAUAAAAAUCUACCAAUUAAUCCGUUAUUCAUAUAAAAUCAUAAUCAGUUUAUUAAUCCUACAUCCACAGUGCCAUAAUCUACCUUUAUAAACGCAAGCAAUUAAAUGCAUUACAUAAUUGUGUUACCACAUCUCUGUACAUAUUUUAUAACAAGAAGAUGUAAUAAACUAUACUUGUGUGUAUU